AUGUCUAAUUCAACAGUACCAACGUUGAAAGUAAUAUUACUCGGUGAUUCAGGGGUUGGUAAAACUUGUUUACGCUCACAAUUUAUAUAUCAUAUUUUUACAAAUGCUUAUAAAGCUACUAUUGGUGGUGAUUAUUUAACUACUAUUGUCAAUUUAGAAAAUGGUAAUAAAGUUAAUUUACAAAUUUGGGAUACUGCUGGUCAAGAAAGAUUUAAUUCUAUAUCUCAAGCUUUUUAUAGAGGUGCUGAUUUUGUUUUAUUAGUUUAUGAUAUUACAAAUUAUGAAAGUUUAUUAAGUUUAAAAGAUUGGUUUAAAAGAUUUAUUUCUCAUUGUCGUGUUGAAUCACCUGGUGUGAUUAUAAUUGGUAAUAAAAUGGAUAAAGUGAAUGAGAGAUGUAUUGACAUUGAAGAAGUUAGGGAUAUAUUAACUAAUGAAGAUGAUGAGGUGAAUAUUGAUAAUUAUAUUGAAGAUUGGGAUGAUUGUUUGGUUGAACUAAGUUCAAAAAAGUUGGAAUCAAUAGAGAAUGUGUUUUUGAAAGUUGCUCAAAUGGGUGUAACUAAAUCCACCGAAACUCGACCUCGAAAGUUACAAGAUUUCGAUAACAUUGACCUACGAAAUGGAAAUCAUGAGGUUAAAAAUAAUUGCGCAUGUUAA